CGAGUUCGGUCAGAGCGAGAAGAGGCACAAUUUGCGCACACUCAAAAGAGCACACACCACAGCAGAGCUCGCGGAGCACUGUGCAAACACGAGACAGGUUGGUGGUGAUGAACACAGACCGACUCUGAGCUCUAUUGUAUAUAUCGUCACUUCACCUCGAGCGCUCCGCGUGGACUGUCCUCGCUGCAGUAAUCGCUGCGUCUCUCCCUUUCACCCCCAAAAAACCUCACCGCAGCUGUCAGCCGAUUAGUGAGCACUUCCAUCGCGUUUACCUUUUACAGUCGCCCGAAGCAGGAAUCGUCAGACCUCCUUUUGGCUCUCCGUAUCGACACUAUGGGGAAACAGAACAGCAAGCUGACCCCUGAGGUAAUGGAGGACCUGGUGAAGAACACAGAAUUUAAUGAACAUGAACUCAAACAGUGGUACAAAGGCUUCCUGAAGGAUUGCCCCAGUGGCCGACUCAACCUGGAUGAGUUCCAGCAGCUGUACGUUAAGUUUUUCCCUUAUGGUGAUGCCUCAAAGUUUGCUCAGCACGCUUUCAGAACCUUCGACAAGAAUGGAGACGGCACCAUCGACUUCAGAGAGUUCAUCUGUGCCCUUUCCAUCACAUCACGAGGCAGCUUCGAACAGAAACUUAACUGGGCCUUUAACAUGUACGACCUGGACGGAGACGGCAAAAUCACACGAGUUGAGAUGCUCGAGAUCAUUGAGGCAAUCUACAAGAUGGUGGGGACUGUUAUCAUGAUGAAGAUGAAUGAGGACGGCCUGACGCCCGAGCAGCGGGUCGACAAAAUCUUCAGUAAGAUGGAUAAGAACAACGACGACCAGAUCUCAUUGGAAGAGUUCAAAGAAGCAGCAAAGGGUGACCCGUCCAUUGUAUUACUGCUGCAGUGUGACCUGCAAAAAUGAGCGUCUCGGAAAAGAGCCAGGGACUGCACAAAUGAUUCAUGUUCCAUUCAGUUUGCAGCUAUUUCCACUGAUAAAAAAAUUGCUUGGACUACCUUUCAAUGAAUCCGCUUCCUGUGUUUGAAACACUUGUGUGCAUGAGAAUGUUCUUUGCUAACGAAUUUCACAUACGAACACCUUUGCACACACAAAUACACUCUCACACACACAUACAUGCAUACACUUCAAAAGCGUACACACACACAGACCAUGCCAUGCACAAAUAGAAUUAUAUGAAUAUUAAUAUACAUAUAUAUUGAGUUGUCAAAAUUAACUGCCAAAAUGUGAAGAGUGUGCAAAGUACCUUCUGAGUCCACUGGAGCUUGCGCAUCAUUGAUGUGCUGUAUUAAAUCGAGCUACUAUUUAUUGUACUGAUGCUAGCUAUGUGUACCAUAUACUGCAUAAUGUCAACCGAACCGAUUCUUAUGGUAAUCGUAACUGUUCCGGAUUUACCCACUCGUCUGGAUGGACAAAAAGAUAAGCUCAUGUCCAUCUAACUUUUCCCUUCAAAUGUGCUUGUACUGUUGGUGAAUAUAAAUGUAGUUUAUUUGCAUGCCAUUAGGUUUGCCUUAAGAGUACUUCCCUCAUUUGCAUCCUGCAUAAAGAAUGAUAACAAGCCUUAUUUAAAAGAAACAUUUGAGAUGUGAAAUGGAAUUAGAUGGAUAAUUUGUUGGUUUCGCAAAGAUUUGUGAUGCAUUGAUGGGAAAAGGCUAGUUUACUACACCUUCUAUGUCUAGCAUGUACAUCACAUGAGAGGGAUUCAAUGUGGCCGAAUGUAAUCCAUCUGAGAGCAUACAUUCAUUCUCAUGGUCGAAAUAUUACGCCAUAAAAAAUAUUCCCAUAUUAAACCUACAAGCUGUGCAGUUUCAGAAUGUCAUCAGAUGUAAUAAAUUGCAUAUCAGUGUGCAGAUUUAUGUGGGGCCUGAGCAUGGAAUGAAUUUAUGAAGAUCAUUUUUAGGGUUAAAGUGAUAUAAAAUAAUGAUUUUGCCUCAAAAAUGUACCUGUUCAAUCUCGUUCUUGACAGCGAAAACGUCUAAGACUGUAUUUAUUCCUACUUUUUACAUGCUGCUCUUACAGGAGAACUCCAACAGAGGGUUUUAAAGGUUAGCCCUGAGGUUAUUACUGUUUUAAAUCCAGACAUUUGCACCAGCUGCACAUUUUGAGCACCGACUCGAUUUCUAAAUACGCACAUUUCUGUGCUCCAUUUGAAAGUACAUUCUGCCAGUGUCAAGAGCUUUACACAAGCAUAACCUUUGUCAUUGUAAUGUUUACCUACGUAGGCACCGCACCAAAUUCAUGCAAUGGCAAACUUUUUCCAAUUUAAAAGUUAUUUUGUACAUGUAGCAUGUAUUGUGCCCCUGAUGCCAUGGCUGCACUACUUCUUGUGUUGUGGUUUAAACUAAUAAAAGAGUAUAUGGGA